AUGUCGCGCCACAGGAACGUCCGCAAUCUCGACAUCGAUGAUGUCCUUGAUGAUGGAUACGAUGAUGCAGAUUACGCCGAGGAGCAGGUCAUGACCGCAGAAGAGCAAGUUCAGAUGGCAGAUGCAACGGAGGAUGUCAAGUCAAUGCUCGGAGGCGCAAAGGUCACAAUCAAGGAGAUCCAGGACGCAUUGUGGUACUACUACUUUGAUAUCGACCAAGCUGCGGUCUACCUCCUCGAUGAAUUGUCAAAGAAACAAAAGGCUGCAACGGCUGCGGCAACUAAGAAGGCAAGCUCAACACCUAAACCAGCCCAGAGCGGAACAGCAACACCCACAGGCACGUCAUCCAAGUCCGUCGCCCCCGCUAAAGCCAAGGAGACACCAAAGGGACUAGCAUCAGCAACACAGGAUGACGACAUUAUCGAAUUCUUGGAUGACGAGGAGGCGCCAGCAUCACAGCUCCAGUUCGACUUGGCGGCAAUGAACUUUGGAUCGUCCUUGAAGACCCAGUUCGCAAAGAAGGCAGCAGGUGGCACAUCAUUUGCAAAGGCACCUCUCCUGAACGGCGGUGAUGGAUUUGAUCGGUCGGGCGCAGUGACUCCUGUAGGGUCAGCACCUCCCUCUGGAAUCUCGACACCUUCUAGGGCAUCGACAAAGAUGGGCAAGAGGAUCGAUGUUGUGACAGAGUACCAGAAGCGUGUUGCCGAGAAGGAGUCGCUGAACCUUGUUGUCAUCGGACAUGUGGAUGCUGGAAAGAGUACAUUGAUGGGCCAUUUGUUGUACUUGCAAGGCGAGGUCAACGAAAAGACGAUCCGCAAGCACGAGAGGGACGCACAAAAGAUUGGCAAGGCCUCGUUUGCCUUUGCCUGGGUUCUGGAUGAGACUGGCGAGGAACGCGCCCGUGGAAUCACUAUGGAUGUCGGAGUCACCAAGUUUGAGACGGAAAACCGCCGGUUCACCUUGUUGGAUGCGCCCGGUCAUCGUGAUUUCAUUCCCAACAUGAUCUCAGGAACUGCUCAGGCUGAUGUGGCUGUCUUGGUGGUCGAUGCGACAACAGGAGAGUUCGAAUCUGGUUUUGAUGCCAAUGGUCAGACCAAGGAGCAUGCCCUUUUGGCCAGGAGUUUGGGUGUUCAGCAAUUGGUCGUUGCGGUCAACAAGUUGGACGUUGUCGGAUGGUCUGAGUCUCGUUUCCAAGAGAUUGUUGCCAAGCUGGAACAGUUUUUGGUCAAGGAUGCUAGUUUCAAGAAGUCUAGUCUGAUCUUUGUGCCUUGCUCAGGAUUCACAGGAGAGAACUUAGUCCGGAGGUCGAAAACUGGACAGAUUUGUAACGGAUCAGCGGUCAGUGAUGCACCUGUUGACCCUUUGGUUGCUAGUGUUGUCGAGACGUUUGCGUGGUACAAGGGUCCUACUCUGAUUCAGACGAUCGAUAAGCUGGAUGCCCCUACGCGUGCUGUCGAGAAGCCUUUCAGGAUGUCGGUGACGGAUGUAUUCAAGGGCACUGGAGGCGUUUCUGCGGCCGGCCGGUUGGAGGCCGGACAUGUUCAGAUCGGAGAGGCCGUCAUGGUCAUGCCCGGUUCUGAGAUGGCUGUUGUCAAGAAUAUGGAGGUGAAUGACGAGCCAACGCGAUGGGCAGCGGCCGGAGACUCUGUUCUGUUGACCCUCAGUGGAAUCGACAUUAUGCAAGUCAGCACUGGAUCGGUACUUUGCCCACGAGAUGCACCCAUCCCAGUAACAACCCACUUUGCUGCCCAGAUUGUCGUUUUUGACGUCAAGAUCCCCAUCACCGUCGGCUUCCCUAUUAUUAUGCACCACCAGAGUCACAAUGAACCAGGUGUCAUCUCGAAACUGGUGUCGACGAUCGACAAAGGCACAGGAGAGGUUGUGAAAAAGAACCCACGUCAUUUGGGCAAGAACACGACGGCGAUGGUCGAGAUCCGCUUGAACGGUCGGGCGAUUCCUCUGGAGACGUUUAAGGACUCAAAGGAGCUGGGUCGUGUCAUGUUGAGGAAGGGAGGCGAGACUGUUGCUGCGGGGAUUGUUACCAAGAUUUUGAGCUUUGGGUCGUAA